CAAUGUGGCGCUGCGGUUCCCCGAGCCCGGCGCCAUGUUUGUGGUUGUGCCGCAGCAGCCGACGCAUGCUUGCAGCUGUGUUCCGUAAGUGUUGUGUGGUGUUCCCUAGCAUUUAGGUUUCUCGUGUGUUGCAUGUGGCAUUGGUUGUUUGCAAUACUGCUGCGUUGGAAGCUUCCUCUACGGAUACACGCUGUAAAGACUUGGAAAAGUGCCCACACCGGAGCACGUUGUUGCGCGCCGAGCCGCAAUGGUGAACUGCGCCGUCUACGGUUGUUCCAACCGGUCAAAAAACAAACCAAACGAUGAGAACUUUCAACCGCUGGGCUUCUAUGUCGUGCCCAAAGUCAAAGAAGGACAGUGUCUUAGGACAGCUGAGCUGUCUUCAAGGCGCAGAGCUCUGUGGCUGAGCAGAAUUCGUCGCAAAGACCUGGACGAAUUGGCGACGCAUUACCGAGUUUGCGGGGCGCAUUUCAUCACAGGACGACCAGCUUAUUUGAUGGAUGAGGCUAAUCCCGACUGGGCGCCGAGCCUCAAUCUCGGCUACAAGUCCACGACGCACGCUGGAAGAAGCGCAAGCGACAGGUAUAUGCGACUCAAGCAACGAAGGCGCGCGAGUUCUGCAGCCAACGCCUUUGAAUUAAGGCAGCGACCGGAGAGCGCGAGCACGAACGCGGCGCCCAUCGCUGCAGGAACGGCGGCCGAGGAGAUUUCUUUCAGUGACGAAGAAUCCCCCUCAUCAGAACAAACUGCAAUGCAACACCUUGUAGGCCAUGCAUCUCCCGAGGAGCCUUCAUGCUUGGAAUGUCCAGUUCUACAAGAAAAUCUAGCCACAGCUCAGUGCCACCUGCAAGCGGAUCUGCAGAAUAACCAAGCUUCUGCAUGCAUGAUAGACAAAGAGGUGACAGCUGACCUGCUGUCAGCCCACAUCUCUUCACUGGAGGAAGAAAACCACCGCCUUCAGCAUGACCUGGAUAUUGCACGCAGUCGCCUGGCAAAGGCAGCCCCUGGAGACAGGGAUGUGCUCCGCAGCAACCCAGACAUGGUUGUUUUUUACACAGGGCUGCCAAAUUAUGCAGUUUUGGAGGCUGUUUACAUCUUAGUUGAGCCUCAUGUAAGGCAUACAUUACGAAACCGCCUGAGCAAAUUUCAGGAAAUGGUCGUUUUCCUAAUGAGGUUGCGGCUUAACGUCCCGUUACAAGAUCUUGCAUACAGGUAUCUUAUUCUGGGCAACAGCCAUACCUAUAUUCAUUUGUAACAUUAAGGUUCCUGCACUACGCAGAACUGCAGUUGAGCAUGCAAUAGCCAUUUUGUGCUGGUGAACUUUAUUGCAUUAGCUUCAAUAACACUUACUAAAGCACAUAACAACUCAGCAGUUUUAUCUUACAGGUUUGGCAUUCACCAGUCAACCGUAACGAGGACAGUAGAAAGGUGGCUUGAUGCUGCUUACAUUAGGCUCAGCAGUCUGAUCAAAUGGCCAGAACAUGAAGAUCUUCAAAGAACGAUGCCAAUGGCAUUCCAAGAAACAUUUGGCAAGAAAGUAGCUGUGAUUCUGGAUUGUUUUGAAGUCUUUGUGGACAGACCUUCAGCCAUGGAACCUAGAUCAUUAACAUGGUCUACGUACAAGCAUGCAAACACCGUGAAGUACUUAAUUGGCAUCGCUCCACAAGGUGUAAUUACGUACAUAUCAAGAGGGUGGGGUGGGCGUACCAGUGACAAAAUGCUGACAGAAUCGUGUGGCAUUCUUAGCAACCUGCUACCUGGCGACUCUGUGCUGGCUGACAGGGGUUUCUUGAUCUCUGAUGCCGUGGGCAUGUGUGGAGCGAAGCUGGAAAUCCCAGCCUUCACUAAAGGGAAGCCGCAGCUUACUGCAUAC